AUGACUAAUGUUAAAUUGAAACUGAUGUUCUUCAUCCUGAACGCUGUGCUGUCGCGGGAUACGGUGCAGGCACGGCCCCCUCCCAACUUGAACGCGACGAGAAUGUGGGGGCCCAUCGGUAAGUGGGACCCUUUCACUUUUCCCGUGGAACCGGACGACGAUACUCUUGUCGUAGCCAGCGACGUAGUCACGCCCAACGAGGCAAGGAAAUAUAAAACUCAGAUAGAUGAUAUUGUAAAUUCAGAGCAGUAUAGAGAUGUGGAUCUCUCUAAGACUGAGAACAAUGAGUUGGCCUUCCUCGGUUUGAGAGAUCACGUCGUCGAAGGCCUGGACAAACAAAUUUACGUGUCCAACGCGCUGCUUGAGGAUAUCAUCGACUCGGAGACCGAGAGGGAGGAGGACCUCGGCGACAUAGAAUAUCGAUCCGACGAACCCAAUUUCCAGUUCUUAAGAGCGAGUCAGCCGCUGACCGGAACAGCACCAGACAGAGCAAUGGGUCACGGUGAUAGCAAGCUGAAUAAGACAGAUAGAAAUGUCAGUGAUGUGAUGAACAACUUGGACUAUAGUGAGGUGGAUCCAGACAGAGCAAAUAGAUAUUACCCUGAUGAGAGGAGGAAAAUUGACUAUGUUGAGCUAGUCGAACUGUUGAAGCCGAUUGUCGGUAACAAGAGCGCGUACCAUCUAGCGAACAUGACCAGCCACGAAGUGGACAACGAUCUAGCACCGGACACAAGCUUCACGGACCUCCAGACGCUAAUCCUGGCCUGCUUCGGGACAUUGCUGCCGCUCCUGACCGUGCUCUUCGCGACCCUCGCUAUCAGGUGCAUGUGCCGUCGAUGGUGUCCAGGGUGGUGCAGGAAACCCACUGGCUCCUCCGUCUCCGAAAGCAGCGAGAAGCACGACACCAACCAGCAGUUGAAAGACGACGGCACCGGCAUAACAGAUGGGUUGGAGAGAGCUGAUGUGCAGCCCGCCAACGGGUCCAUUUUCACUAUGACUCUCAAGAACAACCACCUAAUCGUGGAGACGGAGGAGAGGAAUGAUAUAACGAAGAAUGGCCGCGAGACCAAGAUGAAGUACUCGCCGGACAACGACGGUAUUUUCGUCGUCGAGGUGCAGCAGUCGGCGGCGUACAGGCCGAACAAGUCGACCCACAGUUCACCACCACAUGACCCGCAGAUCUCGACCAACCAGGCUCUAAUCCACCGCGUCCCAGAAGAGCUGGAGAGGAGAAUGUUGGAGGAGGACAACGAGAGGAGCAGCGCGAAAUUCGAAAAGCAAGCGCUGGCGUUAUCUAGCACCGGUCUCUCCAUAUCGGAUCUCAGCAUGUCCUCGAUCGGGUCCCACAACGUGAGCUACUCGUACGGAAGCCAAAUGGGGUACGAGCAGGGGCCCUUUGGCUAUCCCGUGUACGCGGGCUACGAGGUGUCAAAGGACGACGCCGACGGCAUUACCCACGACAACUCACAAGAGCCGCUGAUUGGGAAGACGCCGACCGAUCCAGAUAAGCCUGUCGUCACAGCCGCGAUCUUCAAGCAGGACUCGAUCAUAGGAAGCGAGCUGCAGGGUCCAGGCUACUGCAUCGAAGGCUCCAGCGACGGCCCCCUCCUCUCUGAUGUGCAAGCGAGAGAAUACAGCCUUCAGCAUUUGCACGACCAGAGAGAUAAGAAGAUGGAGAACGGCGUCGCCGUGGCGAUAGCAGAAAAGGCUCGGAGUCCGGAAAAGAAACUGAAUAGGGCCGGCAGUCUGCCAUUGCAGAUGGACAAGCAGUCGGUGUCUGCGGCGGCGACUGUGGAAGAGGGCCUGCCUUUAAAAGACGCGGGGAAGAGCAAGAGGGCCUCCAUUCCAACAGUCAGGGCGGAAGUAUACGAUAGCGUGAAAGAGGCAAUGCUGACAGGCUCGCCGAAGUUCGAGAAACUUAAGAACGAGGUUUCUCCGGAAGCUUGCUUCUUCGACAACCCACCGCCAAUGAUCACCAUCACGGAGGAGAGUGAGUCUGGCAAAUCUGACAGCACCAGC